UCUGUCAACAUUUUUACGCAUUUCAUUGAUUCGCACCGCUUUCGGUUAAUGUUUCUGUUUCUCAAGUUUUUAUUCCAUCCAAUUGAACUUCAAAACACGUAAAAACGGCUUCUUUAUUUAUCACCAUCAAUUAACAAUUCAAUUUGUUAAUUGUUUGUAAUUUGUUUGAAAAUAAACAAACCUAACCAAACAAUUCCCCGAAAUGGAAAACACCGAAGAAAUAACUCAACACAUCGAAUACACUCGUACAGUUGUCCCAUCAACUAUGCGGAGUCCCUAUUGGAAGUUCUUUGGAUUUCCCUCGGACAACUCAAAUAAUGUCCUAACAAAACAGAAAAUAAUAUGCACGCUUUGCAAUGCAGUCAUUGCGUACAAUAAGAACACAUCAAACCUAAGGACGCACAUAGUAGCGCGUCAUCCUGAGCUCCUGAUAGAAUUGUACAAUGAAAAGAACAAGAAGAAUAGCGAAGCAGCGGCCACGAGUCUGCUUCAGGACAAUAGAACGUCAAGUUCCGAACCGGCAAGCAAGCGUCCAAAGAUUCAAUACAUACUCGGAGGGUCGGAGAGUGAAACCCACGAAGCGAGUACAAGUGAACUUAAGUCCUUCAACGAGGCUAUAAUUGAAGAGAACGAAGUCAUCGAGCACACUGACGACAAAACCACUGACAACAGUGACUUCGAUGAUUUCUCGGGGUCCAUCACACACAACACUGAUUAUGAAUUCGAGGAAAUAGAACUGAAUCCUCACAAAAGCACUCUACCCAUUGUCGACGAAGUUUGUUUGGAGGAUAAGAUUGUGGAGCUACUAAUUACAGAUCUCCAUCCGCCAUCGAUUGUUCAAGAAACAGGAUUUGAGAAGUUCAUAUCGAGUAUUGAUAUGCGAGGGGCGGGAAUUCCUUCCAGACAACAAAUUGACCAAAAAAUAAACAAAGCAUACGACAAAAGCUAUGAAAGGAUCCAUCGACAUCUAAUAACUGUCACAAAUACAAAACCUUACUCAUUGAGUUUGGAAUUCUUUCGCAAUAUUGAAAAUAAAUCUCUGAUGUGUAUUUAUUUCAAUUACUUGGUUCCAAUUGAAGCCCGCUUGCAAUUAACCGCUUACACCACAAUCGAGAUUACGCCUAACAUCGAUCUGGGAAGUGUUUUGAGUGAUUUCAACUUAAGCAAUUGCUCAGCGGUUAUAAUCAGUGAGGAGAAUGAAUUGAUUGAACAGUUUUUCUUUUCACUUGGUGUUCCUAUUGUGCCGUGUUUUGAGUCAGUGGUAAAUAGUUGUAUGAUCUCAAUAUUCGCUCAUAACGCAGUGAAUAGUGCCUUCAAGAGAACUCUGGAACUGUUCGAGAAACAUGAUUGUGCAUCAAUGUUGGAUAGUAUUCCUGAAAUCUUCGAAGAGAAUCCAUGGUCAAAGUUUAAUUUCCUGCAAUUUGUCCAAGAUCAUUUGUCAAUGGUGGAUGAGGAAAACAGUGAAGCAAUCGAUAUAUCUAAACAGCUUGUUAGCUUUCUGAGCCCGCUUAAGACAACUCUUGAAACAAUAGCCGAUGAACAGUUGCCUUUGUGUUCGAUCAUGAAGCCCUUAAGCAGAAAACUUAUAGAUGAGUAUUUGUCUACGUUCUUCUGCGAGACAGACGCCCUUACCGAAGUCAAAAACAUUGUAAUUGACGAACUAACUCAGAGAAUUUUAAGCAACAUGUUCUUAUCAGAAUCUUCACUUUUCGAUGCUCGUUUUCAAAGUGUCACAGUCGAGACUGAAAGCCUUCAAGAUAUCAAAGAAUCGGUGGCACAUCGUUUUGAGCAUCUUUUAGCAAACAACGUUCCUGAACAGAAACCAAUUAAAAUGGAACUAAAAGCUCCACCGAGAAAGUCAUCGCUUAAAAUGUUCUUCAAUCGAGGCGCCAAACAAGAAACCAAACCUGCCCAAAAUUGUAUGAAACGUUCACUAGAAUAUGAAAUCAUGAAGUACACAACCGAGAGUGCAGCCGAUUUGGAACAAUGUCCAAUGAAAUGGUGGGAAGAUAACGAAUUUAUGUUUCCAAAACUACGCAAAAUAUCAGAUUAUUAUUUGUGUGUGCCAUGCUGUGCAACAAAUUCCUUUAAAUCGGCUUUGGUCGAUCGAAUUGCCAUCAUAAAUCGUAGAUUUAUGUUAAGAAAAAAUGUACUCAAUCAGAUUUUGUUCUUGCACUUAAACAAAGAUAUUUUGGAGAAACUAAAAAUCGACGAUGAGCCGAAGAAGUAAUUUAUAAUAAAUAAGUUGUCUGUAUAAAUGUUGUAUGUA